ACUGCCUUAGCUAACGUGUUGUAAUACAGAGGGUUGUUAGCGAAACAUGGGUCGCUACCUUAGUAUUAUUUGUACACAUUUCUCGGCAAAAGAUGUGUUGAAAUAGAGGAAUCUAACUGUUACUCUUCGUUGAAUUUUGAAUGAGGGAAACUAAUUAUGUCUAGCUCAAUCCCGCCUCGUGCCAGGCUUUGAACACGGCGCUGGAUAUUGAUCGUAAAUUCUAUAUGGCUCGCUCUCCACAUACGAUGUUUUAAUGAGAAACAGCGACAACCGGCGAAGCGCCGUUUCUCAGCGCUUGUAUUUCUCCGACAGCGGCAGGCUAGCAAUGGAUACUGACUACGAACGCACGCGGCUAUUCGAGAUCAACAGUAGGGAGGUCUACUAAGAAACACGACAGCAUGCAAACAACUUCUUGAAACCGAAAUUCAUGUGAUUCUACCGAUUCUUUGGAAAUAUGUUUUAAAUUGUUGUGCAUUCGAGGAGAGCAAUGGCUACCGGGUAAACAAGGGAUGGAUCUAAAGAGAUAUGUGAAUACAUUACUGAACACACACAGCUGGGAUCCGUACGGUACUACCUUGUACACGGAGAAUGACAUGCAUUAGCAACUGUCAAGGUAUGGUUAGGAUAUAUUCUAUUGUCUUUGGGCCUGUGGAAGUCACGCUUUUCUAAACGAUGUUUGUACUGUAAUUUAACCUGUCUCUAAGAUUUAAAACGGCGUAAUUUCUUCAUUUAUUCUACAUUUUUCGCCUAAUACUGUUCACCUUAAAUAUUCAAAAUUGUAUUCCUUCAGAAUUUUGAUUUUAUUACGUCAUCCAAGGCGAACGUCAUGGCUUCUGUUGCCGCCUGGUUGCCAUUUGCCCGGGCAUCGGCCAUCGGGUGGGUGCCCGUAGCACAGAACCCCCUCCCCCAGCCAGUGGUGCGAGCGGAAAAUAGGAGGGGAGACGAGAAACUCACGCUCAAUAUCAGUGGCAGAAAGUUCGAAACCUGGCGAACGACGGUGGAAAAAUAUCCGGACACUCUUCUGGGUUCCAAUGAAAAAGAAUUUUUCUUCGAUGAUGACUCAAAGGAUUACUUUUUCGACCGGGAUCCCGAAUUUUUUCGACACAUUCUUAACUACUACAGAACAGGGAAAUUACAUUAUCCAAAACAUGAAUGCAUAUCAGCUUACGAUGAGGAACUUGCUUUCUUUGGGAUUAUGCCGGACCUCAUUGGUGACUGUUGCUAUGAGGAUUACAGGGACAGACGGCGUGAAAAUACGGAAAGACUUUUAGAUGAUGCAAAUUCGGAAAACGCGGACAUUGACCCAGCCACUAACCUCAGGGAGCGGCUAUGGAGGGCAUUCGAGAACCCCCACGUUGGGACUGCAGCUUUGGUAUUUUAUUAUGUCACAGGCUUUUUUAUCGCCGUUUCCGUUAUGGCCAAUGUAAUAGAAACCAUACCAUGUGGUCAGAAACCGGGGACGGACGAAACCCCAUCAUGUGGAGAACGUUUUGAAAUCGCUUUUUUCUGCUUGGACACUGCAUGUGUGAUGAUCUUUACGGCCGAGUACCUGCUCCGGUUGUAUGCUGCACCCGACCGCUGCAAAUUUAUGCGAAGUGUCAUGAGCGUAAUAGAUGUAGUUGCAAUUCUUCCGUAUUACAUUGGGCUUGUUAUAACAGACAACGAUGAUGUUAGUGGCGCAUUUGUGACACUCAGAGUAUUCCGAGUUUUUAGGAUCUUUAAAUUCUCUCGCCAUUCACAGGGAUUACGAAUUCUUGGAUACACUUUAAAAAGUUGUGCAAGCGAGUUAGGCUUCUUGCUUUUUUCGCUAACAAUGGCUAUAAUUAUAUUUGCUACAGUGAUGUUUUACGCGGAAAAGAAUGUGACCAACACGCGAUUUACCAGUAUUCCUGCAGCGUUCUGGUACACAAUCGUUACCAUGACAACGCUAGGUUAUGGUGAUAUGGUGCCCAGGACAAUACCCGGCAAGGUGGUAGGAGGUGUGUGCUCGCUUAGUGGAGUCCUCGUCAUCGCCUUACCUGUUCCCGUUAUUGUGUCAAACUUUAGCAGAAUCUACCAUCAAAACCAGAGAGCCGACAAACGCAAAGCGCAAAAGAAAGCUCGACAGGCUCGAAUCCACAUGGCUAAAAAGUCCAGUGGAGCAGCGUUCCUCCACAGCAAGAAACGGGCAGAGGAAGCUCGACGAGCGCGUGAAAGUGGCGUGGAGUUAGACGACAGUAAACAAAAUAUGCUAGAGAUGCAGCACCACCAUCUACUGCAUUGUUUAGAGAAAACCACGGAAGCACACAAGGAUGAUAUGAAUGAUAUACAGAUUCGUAUGCCAACUAUAAAUAGAUCGUCGAGAUCGAGUUUAAACGCUGUUGGCACAUCUACGAACAACAAACCUAACAAUACGUUAACGGUCACCACAGCUAUUGUGACCCUUCCCACGCCAAGCACCACCCCAGAGACCGAAUCAGCCCAAACCCAGAGUACGAGCGGUACUACAUCACCCAAAUACGGCAGUCCUAAUCCGGGGCUGGCACAGAACCCAGGGAACGUCAUACGGAUUUCUACCUUGUGAUAACAGGAUAGGGAUAUAGAUAGAAAUGUAAAAAUGGCGUGUUGUGAUUGAGACUCCAGGUUUAUCACAGUGCGAUCGAUAUUCGAUACAUUCACGAUUCAAGAAAAAAAAGUUCACGUUUGAGUUGUAGAUUAAGCGAAUACAAGUGUAGUUGAAAAUACUAUCUUUUUUUCUGAAACUGGAAAUUCCUGAGCAAAGAGCUUUAAAAAGAAUGGUUAUAUUCCAAAAUAUACAUCAAUGAAGUCUUUUGAGGACAUAAGGGAAUUUGUUCUUGCUUAAAUCACUCUUCUGAGCUUUUCAAUCAAAAGCUGAACAGGAAUUAAUCAAAGGAGAUAUAGAAGGGUUCGGGUCGUAAACAGGGGCAGAUUAUGCCAGUUUUCCAUGUCCUAGGCCGUAUUGUCAUGAUGCCAGGUUUCCAUGUCCUAGGCCGUAUUGUCAUGAUGCCAGGUUUCCAUGUCCUAGGCCGUAUUGUCAUGAUGCCAGGUUUCCAUGUCCUAGGCCGUAUUGUCAUGAUGCCAGGUUUCCAUGUCCUAGGCCGUAUUGUCAUGAUGCCAGGUUUCCAUGUCCUAGGCCGUAUUGUCAUGAUGCCAGGUUUCCAUGUCCUAGGCCGUAUUGUCAUGAUNAAGUUACCUUUCAAGUUGUUGGCCUAAGUAUCGGAAUGUUUCGCGGAUACCAGUUGUUUUUUCGAUGUGUUUCCCACUAUCCAAAUAGUAUGGCGAUAAAUCAGUAGGUGUGAUUGUUCCUGGAAUAAGAAGAAAAAAUGAUACCAGAGAAAGGUAACACAGGAACAUACGAUUCAUACAAUACCUGAACUCUACUUUCAAUACCAUACUUCACAUUCUUUCAUAUCAUGUGAGAUUGUUUUCACUUCCAUAAUGCUGUAGAUAUAGUGUUUACAUUUUUGUAUACUCCUAAUCCAUAAUGAUCUCAUUACAUGCUUUCCUGAAACCCUUGUUUGAAUGAUAUGUAUGAACAUUCAGUUUUUUAUAGCUAUUUUAUCAUGUUAAAUUUCUUAACAAAUGGUAUAUGAUAAUUAACUUUUUUCUCUUGGUUUAAGUUUUCUUGUCUUAAUUGUCGUCGAUUUACUGGUCUUGUGAUAUCCAAGGAGUGAUGCUACUUUUAUCAGUGAUUGGACAGUGCGUAUGUUAUUCGAUGAUAUCCAUUCGCAGACACCAUAAUUAAAAAGUAUCUCCCUGUAAAAGGGUAGCAAUCCAGACUAUACAGACGUUUUCUCAUUUUCAACUGAAUUAAGCACAAUUUUAGAAGGUCUCGUAACUAAAUAAUAUCAAAAUAGGAUUUUUUGACAUAUAAACGUGUGACAAUUAUCUUCCUUGACAAAAUGGUAGUCGUUUUCAUUGAAUGAAUUCUAUUAGAGCUGUCAUCUUAGUGAAAUAUGUUUAAUAUAGCAUUUUAGAACAAGUAGAUUUGGAUAGCAAAACUAGUUUCAAAUUUUGUAUCUGAGAAACGUGAGAUCAGUUCCUUUCAUUCUUUUCUCUAAUCAAGUCUUGGAAAAGUCCGUAUAUUUUGAAAUUGACGCCGUCUCAAUUCUGGUUUCGUGAACAUAUUCAUAUAUUUUGUUAAACAUUUUUGGAUUAAGACAAUAUCUUCCAUUCCACAUCGAACUCAAAUCAUUCGAAUAUUUCUUAUAUUAAAAGUCGUUUCUUUGCAACGACAGAAAGCGUCUGGAAUGCUACCCAAAGCAACUCUUGCGACCUCGACUCAUUUCCAAAAUAUGUAUUGCAAGCCUACCUUUGCAACAGACUUAAAGCAUGUUGCCUUUAGCAGAAUACAAACAUUUAAAACGUUUUUAAAAAAUGUGUUGAUUUAGAACCGAUUUCUGAUAAGAAGUCAAAGUCUUUUAAAUAUUUGGAGUAGGUGAUUAUAACCAGUUGUGUACUUGAAUAUGAGAGGUUUGUUUUAAAUCCAGCUACACGUGCUCCUUGCGUACUAGUAGUUUGUAACUUUGCCCACGCGGGAUUUAAACAUGUAUAUAACAGUGAAGGUUAAUGAUCAUCUUCAUAUUGUUAGCUUUUUUACAUCAAACACGUUUUCUUUUACAUUUUUGCUUCAAUAUCAUUUAACAUUUUGUGUGAUAUUACGAGAAAAUUACGGUUAUACUGAAAUGAAUGAGUGAAAUGAUAUGGGGAAAGUACGGUAGUUUCCCACUUAAACGGUCAAUGGAUAUAUAUACCUUUGCUAAGGUUGUCCAUUUUCUGGCUGUGACUUUUUUAUCUAUUUUUUUAAUGCAAAUAUUGCUUAUGAAGUAAGUGUGCCACACACGCCGAGGUGCCGUUCACUACUGCUUGUAAUUCCUUAUGCGAUCUAUAGUUACACGUCAUUUGGAAUCAAACGGAGUAGUUUAUUCCGAUUAGGACAGAGUUCAAUGACGUCAUAAUUGAAUAAGAAACCAAAAGCGGUUGGUUAUGCAGUAGAUAUAUAUAUAUGUAACAAUAGUUAUAAAUAAUUGAAACUAAUAUAACAUUAUAUCUGUUGCAAAACAAAGACGACACCGGCAUAAAUUCCGUCAGGACUUCAUCCUACUCUUUGUGUGAAAUUUAGUGUGACAUUGACCACAUGCACACAAAAUGAUGACGCCACUUCGAGCUUAUUUCGGCUUUGUGUCUUUUAGGUGUUCGUCGAUGCCACUUGUGUGGAGAUUGAUGUAGCACUAAGAUUAUAGUCGAACUUCGCUAAUACGAUCUCGGAUAUCUCGACUUUAUUGUCGGAUGGCAAGUGUUGGACACAAAACUUGUUGCAGCAAGAUAUAGCAUCAUUGUGAACAUCUCCCGCUGUGUUCGUCAGUGUAGGAUAGUUUUGUUUUCUCUUUAACGACGUCAAAAAAUACUACCUCUUAACAUUGGUUUUGCACUGAAUACUCGGAUAAUACAUUUCCAAAUUGAGCCGCAAGUUAUGUGUUUUUAAAUCGCGCAUGCAUCAUCUUAACCAUAUCGCCACACCAAAAUUCACUUUGUUUGUGUUUAUUUGUUUUAGCCAAACUGGACAGAGACACUCUUUGAGCUUAGCCUGUUACACAGAGUUCGCCGGUUCAUCCUUUUUUAUUAAUCAAUUUUGUUCUCAGAAACAAGUUGGCGUUAUACAUAUUUUAUUUUAAACCAAGCUUGAUUGAAGAGAUUCAAGGGAAGAAGGUGGUGUGAACUUAACAACAUUUUUAAACAUCAUUCUUUGUAUCUACAAUUGCAAGCGCGUACUUUUACUUGAGCUUGUUAACGUAAAUGUGAAGAAACAUUAUGUAUGGAAGUCAUACUUGUACAAACAGGGGCCAUUGGAUCCUGGAUUGGGCUCGUCCAGUGGUCUUACAUAAUACUUACUAUAAUAGGUAUUGGUUUUAUUUUCAGCAAUUACCGGAGCUUAACCUAUUCUUGAUCUGUUCAUUUUCUUUGUUCCUCCUGAACUACCAUUCAGAUAUACAAAAUAUCAUUAUUUUAUCCAAAAAUGGUUAUGCCAAAAAUAAAUUCUACUUGAUAGUCUAUUGUUUAGAUUAAGCAUUUUAAACAUGAUAAACAUGAUUAACAUGAAGAAAUUGCCUUAAUAGUUUUUAAUAACGUCAUCAAUUAAUAAUAAUAAAAAAAAAAAAAGGAAACGCUGAUAAGGAUAAAGUAAAUACGUUCAUGUUUGAGUUAGUAUACAACAAAUCAGUAUCUAAAGUCGUUUUUUUAAUAGUUGUACAACAGUUCAAAAUUUAGACAAGGAUUUGAUCUAUUUUUUAGGCAUAAAAUGAAGACAGUUUUAAGUACAUUAUAAUAUCAUCCCAAUUCUUGAUAAUAUCCAUUAUUGUCCACUAUUAGUACGGUUUGUUUAUAAAAAAAAAUUAACAAUAUUAAAUAUUUGCUCCUGCUUUCAGCACUAUAGAAUAAAAACAAAGUAGUGUUAUUUCGUUGUAACAGUUGAAACUCCUGUAAGGUAUUUUUCUUAUCGUUCUGUAAUAAUUUGAUUUCACUUCCAUAAUAUAAUAUUUCCUAAAAUGCAAAGAAGUGAUAAUUUUCCAAUGUUAUGUAGAAUUAUUUUAUUUAUAUAACGGUGUUAAGAACCCAUUUGUAAGUCUGACACAGCUUACCCCCGACGCUGAGAAUCGAACCCGCGCCGUAUUUGUGUACCAGAGUUCGACCACUUCCAAACAUUCUAGACCUCAUGGCUGACUGUGGCUGCAUAAUCUGAUGCAAAAUGUGAUAACUAUGCUUAACUAAACGUGAUAUUAUCCAUAAUGGAAAACACUAUGUAUCCAAAUGAAAGAUUUUGCGUGUAAGAAUGUUUUUCUUCAUAAUGGAUAAGAAUAGAAACACAAUGAACAUUGCAUCCAUAUUCCCUUUGAUUAUAGGGAACACAUUUAAGGGUUUUAGUAGACCAAUACUGUAAAGUUUAGGAUACAGAAAUGGCUAUUUGAAGAAUGCACACUAACAUAAGUUCACUAGAACUAUUUACAAUAAUGCACGUACACAAAACAUGUAGAGCAUUGAAAUGAAUGAAGAAAGUUUCAAUGAAAAAUUUUUUUUAUAAUAAUUAUUUGUUUUUUUUUAUUUAUAUCACAGUUGUCGAAAGAAAACAAAACGCGUCAAGGAAAAAAAUAAGCUUAGUAUUCCUGAAAUUAUCGCAUGAUUUUUUCAUCUUGGUUAAUAUUUCUUAAAUGUAUACCAUGGGUUAAUAUUUGGAUAUCUACAAUAAGUCAUUUUCUAACCGAGUAUAUAUCUUUAGCACAAAUACCAAUAACUGGUCGUUAACAUGCGGUUAAUAGUGUAGCAUCGCUAUUUACGUGUUUACACGGCACACGUGCCGGAUACCAAUGUGUUGUCGCUGGAUUUGCUUUACAUCUGUCAAAAAUGUAGGUAGAAGGGAGGGUAAAUUAGCUCUGUCCAUUGUAUAAGAAAAUGUCUUUAUUUUAAACUAAUCGCCUUGUUUCUUAUGAGUGUUGUUUCAACCUUUAUCAUGCCACCCUAAUGGUGUCAUACCACUGCUGUUGAUAUUUCAUCUGUUGUAUAAUAUAAACUCUUGCUCAUAGUAUAUGACCAAUUGAUUAUGUAGUUUUAGCUCCGAAAUGAACGGAAAGAAUGUUCCUUGUCGAAAAUUCACAGACACUAGAAAGUUUCCAAGGCAGCUUAGACUUAAAACGCAUCAAUUGGUUUUGAUGACUAUUAGAACUAACAGAAACAGUGAGGUUAGAGUUUCAGUUGGUACAAGAAGAAAGAACAAACUUACAUAUGCCAAAAUAUUCACCACGAUAGUUGCUCCUGUGCCGUUCGCCAAGGUCAGGACCUCACGAUAACAGUACCGACACAACUUGUUUUACUUAUAUUCUAAUGUAUGAAAAAAACACCGUAUGUUUAAUGUUGUUCUCUUGACAGUGUGUAUUCUCGCUCACCAACUACUUCCGGUCUAGUCGUGAUGUCAUCUUGAUUUGGUUCAACAUAAUAUUUGUUUGUAACUAUUAAUAACGCGUACAGCAUAAAACAACAGAUUUUCUUAAAUUGAAUUUGGUCCAUAAAAAGGAGUGCAUGUUAUACUUCGUCAGCAUUAAGGAUGUAUGUUACCUUUCUGUACAAAGGAGUCGUUGGAAUGUAAAUUUGUACAAAAGCAAUUUACACUUAACUGAAUUUGAUGAAAUGUAUUAACUCUGCUCUAGAAUGCAUUUAUUUUUAACACGUGAGUUAUUCUGGUUUAUCUGAUGAUGCUGAUUAAAACGGUUUAAGGGAAAUACUUCUCUAACAAAAACAAUAGUAAGGCAAUAUAUAUCUUUAAGUGUGUGUCAUUAAUGUAAUUGUUAGUUUACACGAUUGUGGCUCACUUACAUUUAGUCAGUUCCAUUUUACCUGCGUAGAUCUGAUCUGAAACCAGAAUCGUGAUAAAUCAAGCAUACCAUGGCAAUAAGUAAACCAGAAAUAUCCCAAAUAAAAAGAAAUUACUGGGAAAAAUACGAAUUAUAUCAUUAAUAUAUAUCUAGUUUGGAAAGAAUUAUAAUUUCAUGUGCAUAAAAGUAUGUUGAUAUUUUGAUGCAACUUUACAACUUGUCGUUACAUUAAAAGUAUGAUCACAAAUGGUUGUAUUCCCCACACUUUCAAAUAUGACUAUACUUAUAUUUUAACACAUUAAAUGGCAAACUGCCUCUUUAUGUUUGUUUUUGCUGAAAGAUCAUGAUUACAAAUUUGUAUACUAUUUGAAACAAAACAAAAUAAAACUAUUUAACAAAACACAAAACACGGUGAAACCUCGUUGUUUUGAACAUCCAGAAGUAUAAUCAAGAAAAAGAGCAUAUGGGACUCAUAAACAAAUAUACUCAAGAAAUGUAAAUGGACACUAUAGAAGAUGUACAGAGGAGACGGUAGAUUAGCAGGUUUUUACUUUGAAAUAUACUUCUAUACAGGUGUAACUUGAAUUGAACAAUAUAAAUGGAAAAAUAUUCAGUAUAACAAACCCUCUUGAUUACCAUUAAGUAUUAACUUUUAGAAUUACAAACCUUCUUGAUUAACAAAUUUGUAUAACAACCCUUCUUGAUUAACUUUAAGCAUAACAAACCUUCUUGAUUAACAUUUAGUAUAACAACCCUUCUUUCUUGAUUAACUUUUAGCAUAACAAACCUUCCUGAUUAACGUUUAGUAUAAUAAACCCUUUUGAUUAGUUUUAGUAUAACAAACCUUCUUAUUUAACUUUUAGCAUAAAAAGCCUCUUGAUUAACUUUUAGCAUAACAAACCUCCUUGAAUAACAUUGAGUAUAAUAAACCUCCUUGAUUAGCAUUAGUUAUAACAAGCCUCUUUGAUUAACAUUAAAAUAAAAAGCCUUCUUGAUUAUCAUUGAGUAUAACAAACGUUCUGGAUUACCAUUAAGUAUAACAAACGUUCGGGAUUAUCAUUGAGUGUAACAAACGUUCUGGAUUAUCAUUAAGUAUAACAAAAGUUCUGGAUUAUCAUUGAGUAUAACAAACGUUCUGAAUUGAUAAAUAACUGAAUGGAUUAAAGUUAAAUGUAGCACACUUGGAUGAGCAUUCAAUAUAAAAACAAAAUUUAAUUAAUUUAAGGUAUAAAUAACCUUCUUGAUUUAAGUCUAGUAUAAGACACAUUAUGGGUUAACACUUAGUAUAACAAACCUAAUGAUAAAUGUUCAGUUUGACAAACCUAGGAAUGACAAAAAUUUCUAGAUUGACAUCCAUUAUAAACAAUCUAAUCUUAACGCAGACAGAUUUGUAUGGGACAUAUCGUUUUAAUUCAUUAACAGAUCACAGCGCUUUGUAGGCCGAUAUGAACUCGUAUUAUUAUUAACGCACAGGUGUGUAUAGAGGGAAACUGAAACUUACCAGAGCACGGGGAACACACGUGUGUCGUACCACUGACAUCACAUAAGGUCACGUGGUGUUGUUUUAUUGUGGAUAGAACUUACUACUUACUCGAUUACAUAUAUCCUGGUUGGAACCUCUUUCCACAUGUACCUCUACACAUUUCCAGACACUUUUUUCUUUCGUUAAGCAUUUUAGGAAUGAAUGUAUGUGGCCAUUCCUGAACCAACAUUCGUUUACCUGUUAGGUCAUUGAAAAGUCUAGCGUUGGUUGGAAGCGCAAUGAAUAUAUAGAUGAAUAUGUGUAUUGAUGCCUGGUUGUUGAGUUCGUGUUAGACAUCGUAUCAAUAGGGUACAGGGACGCCACAUGUUCUCGGGCAGCUUGAAACUCGAAUUAGAUGAAGUCAUAUCGACAUAUAUGCUUAUACAUUUCUUCUUAUCAGAAAAGUCGUUUUGAAAAAGCAAGGUUAGGAAUGGCACAUUUAUUGACACCUUCCGAAUAUUAAUGAUUCUCAAUGACAUCUCAGAUAAUGUUCCAGAUGAUAUACGUUUUUGCCACUUUUCUGCCUUUGACUGGGAGAAUAAUUAUCCCGUGGGCAUUUCUUGAUUUAACUUAAAACUCCAUUAUAAACGACGCACUCGAGUAAUGGUUAAUAGUAUGUCAGUUCGGCAUCUUCACGCAGUGCCUAUUUGAGGGGAUAACUGUUGAAGGGUGUGAAAUUGGUUUACAAAUAGCUUAAACAUGUGUAGAGCUCUGCACCAUAUAUCAUUGUUCUCCUUGUAAAAUUAAGAGACAUAGAGUAAGGUACAAAACUUCAAAAUGUUUUUAUGUAAUUUAAUUGAGUUUGUCUUGUUAUCUGUCAACGUUCCUCUCCUCAACCACUGACGGUUACAUCUGUUUAAGAUAAACAGUGUACCAACAUUGUAUUUUAUAUGUCGAUACGGAAUCAAUUAUUACAUUUAUGGGCUUAAGUAUUUCGUUUGCCAAAUAUUUCUAUUUACAUAAGCACUUUUGUACAAAUCUGAAAAUUUUAAGAUAUAUGAGAAAGAACAAGAAAACGUUUCCCGUCUUUACUUAAUUAAUAAUAACAUUUUUGAAAUAAAUCUAAUUAUCCUGUCCCUCUUUGCCAUAUGUUAAUGGCUUCUAGCGUAUAUUAUUCUUUGUCUGCCAAACAGUGUGUUACCAUAAUGUAGUGGUAGUGUAAGAACGUGUUUGCUUCCAUGUAAGUGUUUUGUAAAUGUUUUCAAUACACUUUCUGUGUUAAGUGUGUUCUACGAACCCGCCUUUAGCAUUUCAGUAUGACAUUUUUAAAGCUAAAUUGCAGCUGAAAAGAGGUAUUAUGGAAUUUUCAAAACCCAGUAAAUGUAUGAUGCUGAUGAAUGUUGUUGAAGCUAAAGAGAUGUAAACGGUUUGCAUGGAGUUCCUGCAAAGGGUCUAUAUCGGUCAGAUCUUAAAUCUAAAAAUCGCGCAUAAAAUCAUCAAAAUAGACAUAUUUUAUAAUAUUGAAGACAUUUCUACGUGGAUAGUGGCAUUCUUAUUAAUAAACAAUGUCUCUAGAAGCGUAUGUCGCUAUAUUAUUUUAAGCCAGCCUAGAUCGCUAUUCAUUACUAACAGAUGUUGUAAUUGACCGGUCAACUAAUCUACCGUGUUUAGACAUCAAUUUCAAACCGUGGAUUAAAAUAUCUUCAUUUUUUUUAUAUUUUUUUUUUAAUUCGCCAAUGAUUUUUUUUCACUUCUAUACUGUCCUAUUUUGCGUAUGCAUUUUAGCACAUGAUACUAUACUAGACAAAUGAGUUGGUGAGACUUAUCUCCCUGCGUGCGGUUUAUAAGGAUUGACCCCGACCAUGUAAGUGAAUUUAUGAAAGUGAACUUGGCUUGACAGUGAUACACUGAAUGUCAGACUCUUGUACAUAUAUACGUAUUAAUUAACAUUGAUUGUCCACCUGUUUUUUCCAUCUUUUUUGGCAAAUGUACAUUUGACAAGUGCAAGUAGGCGUAGAACGAAGGAUCCUGUUGUUACAUUUUUGAUUACAAAUAAAAUCCCAACAUUACCAAUUCAA